UAUCUCGCACAGUGAGGUUGAGGUUAGCGCAAAGAUUAAUUUCUUUUGUAAAGAGUUUUCUUGUUGGUCGAGGGAAAAUCGAAACAUGAGUACUUUUUCUGAAAUUGAAAAGCAAACUCUUUCAGCAGAGCAUCAGCUCAAGCUUCUAAAGUCGGAUAUUGAGGAAUUACAACAGGGUAUAAGCGAAGGAGUUCCACAUUCAAGAUGUGAUGAGGAAAUUCAGAAGCUUCAAACAGAAAAUAUCAAACUGAAGCAUCGCUUGAAGAUUUUACUGAAUGCAAUUGAAAAGUAUCCGUCUAAUAAUCAGUGCACCGAAAUGGAAAGCAUUCAUAUUCUAUUGAAUAAUUUAUUCUCAGAAGCUAUACAAAAAGCUUUUCCUGAUUUAACAGAAGCACCUGUUGUUAUUAAUUUAUCUGGUAAUAAUGUAAAAUUUGGUGAUUAUCAAUGUAACUCUGCGAUGCCAAUAUCCAAUAUGCUGAAACAAGUUGGAAAAAAAGUAUCACCUAGGGAUGUUGCCAAUGAUAUUCUCAAGAAUCUAUCGCCUCAUGAAAGUAUUGAGAAGUUAGAGGUGGCUGGACCUGGCUUCAUAAAUAUUUUUUUGAAGAGAGAAUAUGGACUCACCAGAUUAUCUACAAUAUUCUCCCAAGGGUUGAAACCGCCAAAACUUGAAAAAGCAUUGAGGGUAAUUGUGGAUUUCUCAUCUCCUAAUAUUGCCAAAGAAAUGCAUGUUGGUCACUUGAGGUCUACCAUUAUUGGUGAGAGUAUAGCUCGUUUAUUAGAAUACCUAGGCCAUGAUGUCCUUCGACUGAAUCAUGUUGGAGAUUGGGGUACUCAAUUUGGUAUGCUAAUUGCUCAUUUGAAGGAUAAAUUCCCAAACUAUCUAGAAAAAUUACCACCAAUUGGAGACCUACAAGCGUUUUACAAAGAAUCCAAAAUUCGAUUUGAUAGUGAUGAAGAAUUUAAAAAAAAGGCAUAUGCUAGUGUUGUGAAGUUGCAGUCUUUUGAAGAGGACCAUGUGAAGGCUUGGAAAAUGAUAUGUGACAUUUCAAGGAAAGAAUUUGAAAAAAUUUAUAAGCGAUUAGAUAUUACCUUGGUGGAACGUGGUGAAUCAUUUUAUCAGAAAUAUAUGGAAGAAAUAGUGAAAAAGUUAGAGGAAGGGGGUUACUUGAUUGAAGAUGAAGGAAGAAAAAUUCUUUGGGCAGAAGAACCUGGUAAUGGCAUACCAAUGACUAUUAUAAAGUCUGAUGGUGGUUUCACUUAUGAUACCUCUGAUAUUGCGGCCAUGAAACAUAGAAUCCAGAAUGAAAAAGCAGAAUGUAUAAUUAUAAUAACUGAUGCAGGACAAUCGACUCAUUUUAAGACUUUAUUCAAAUGUAGUCAAAAACUUGGAAUAGUGGAUCCAAAGAAACACAGGUUGGAUCAUAUUGGUUUUGGAGUUGUAUUGGGUGAAGAUAAAAAAAAAUUCAAGACCAGAUCUGGUGAUACAGUGCGCUUGGUAGAUCUACUUGAUGAAGGACUACGUAGGGCAUUAGAUAAAUUGAAAGAAAAAGAUAGGCAUUCUGUUUUAACACAAGAAGAGCUUGAAAAGGCUCAAACUUCUGUAGCUUACGGUUGUAUCAAAUAUGCUGAUUUAUCUCAUAAUCAUAACCAUGAGUAUGUUUUCUCAUUUGAUAAAAUGUUAGAGGACAAGGGAAACACUGCUGUUUACCUUCUUUAUGCUUACACACGUAUCAAAUCAAUAGCCAGAAAUUCAAAUUUAUCUCCAGAGGAUAUUAAGGACUUGGCCACAAAACAUUUCAUUUCGUUAGAACAUGAGAAAGAAUGGAAAUUGGGCAAAGUAUUAUUACGUUUUCCAGAUGUGCUCAUUAAAAUUACUAAAGAUCUGUACUUACAUUGUUUGUGUGAAUAUUUAUAUGAAAUUGCAACAACAUUUACGGAAUUUUAUGAUGCUUGUUAUUGCAUUGAAAAAGAUUCCUCAGGUGAUAUUGUCAAGAUAAAUUAUGGAAGGAUUUUGCUAGCCGAAGCCACAGCUCUAGUUAUGGAAAAAUGCUUCCAUAUUCUUGGUUUGAAUCCGGUUGAGAAAAUGUGAUUUCAUGUGAAAUAAAAGACCUGUUCGAAUAAAA